AGCACUCCAGGAUUAUCAAUUCAUAGAAGUGGUUACCAUGAAGCUAUUGUUAGGUGUGCUGUUCCUCUGGUUGCUCUUCUCAGAAGGUAAUGCAGAUCAUCUGGAAGAAUUUGGGGGACUAGAGGCUCUAAGAAGCUUGCAGUUUUCAUGUGAGCAGGUGAUGCUCCCUGAGACCCCUCCAUCUUCAGUUCAUGCUCUAAGGCCAGCUGACAUUAAAGCAGUCACUGCAAUAGGAAGUUUGCAAAGAACACCAGGAUCUGGUGAGGAUUUACUCCAAAGCACAGGAAAGAACUUCCUUGAACUAAGCAUGGAAACUUUAGCAGCUUUCAUCAGCACCUUCAACCCCUCGGUUCUACAUCUGUCCCCUGCCCCUGGCACAGCGGGAGUGACACCAGRCAGUCAAGCCAGAGAUCUCCUGCAUCAAGCUGAAGAAAUAGUGAAGCUCAUGGAAGAGGAACAGAUGAUGGACUUCCAAAAUGAUUGGAAACUGAUCAYAGUGUUUUUUAGUGCUGAAACCCCAUGUUCCUCCUAUGCUUCCACCCAACUGAAGGACUGCAUAUUGGAAAACCUGGAAAAACUUACAGCUGUCUUAGAUUUUUUGUAUAAGAAGGUUCCCARGGCCUUUGUAAAUCUAGUGGAUUCCACUGAGCUCACAACUGCCUCUCUUGCAUGCCCAGAUCACAGUAAUGCCAGAAAUCCAGUCAGAAAUCAGUGCAAUUAUGUUGGUGAACGCUCUGCAUUAGAUGAUAACAUACUGAGGUGGUCCUAUCAGGGUGCUUUGGAAAAGCUACUGGAGUCUGAGAGGUUUGAUCAAAAGGAUGACUUCACUGUUGUUCUUCAGCCUUCUCUCCAAGAAAGAAAUCUGCUGCUCAGACCAGGCAAGGACGGUUUGAUUACCACCUCAAAGACACAAGAGGAAAUUCUGGAAGAUUAUAUUUUUGUGGCUGUGGGCCUCUGGAACAACAUGAUGCAGCCAGUUGGACAGAAGCAGCCUUACGGUGUCACAAAAAUUGCUGAGGUCCAGUGUCCAUCUCAGGAAAAUCCGUAUUUGUUUACAUAUAGAAAUAGUAACUACUCACCUUCCCUGAGGACAUCAAACACCAAAGAAACAUCUCAGGAGAGGAGCUAUGGAACAAAUAUUCCCUGUACUGACCGGGCUCCCUCUGAUACAGUUCCAGUUUCAGUUCAUAAUUUAAAACCGGCAGAUAUUCGGGUUAUUGCUGCCGUGGGAGAUUCACUCACAGCAGCUAAUGGGGCAGGGUCCAGACCUCAUGAUGUUCUGGAUGUCCUGACUCAGUACCGAGGUCUUUCAUGGAGUGUUGGAGGAGAUGAAAACAUAACCACAGUCACGACACUACCAAAUAUUCUUCGUGAGUUCAACCCUUCCUUGGUAGGGUAUUCCAUUGGCAAAGGAACACAGAAUUCAAAGAAUGCUGCAUUCAACCAAGCCGUCACAGGGGCUCGYGCAGAGGAUGUUCCUGGACARGUUAGAAAACUGGUGGACCGCAUGAAGAAUGAUUCAAGAGUAGAUUUCCAGAAUGACUGGAAGCUCAUAACACUUUUCAUAGGAGGAAAUGACCUCUGCAAAUCCUGUGAGAAUCCAGAACAUCAUUCUCCUGAAAACUACACCUAUAAUCUACAAAUAGUUUUGGACUUACUUCACAAAGAGGUUCCACGGGCAUAUGUGAACCUGGUGACAAUCCUUUCCRUUGCAAGCCUCCGGGAGCUGCAUGCGUCGAAAGACAAUAACUGCCCAAAACUGCUUAUGAGGAUCCUGUGCCCUUGUGUCAUAAACCCUAAGGACAAUUCCAACGAAUUAAAGAAAUUGAUGUACUUUAACAGAAGGUAUCAGGAGAGAACCCGCCAGUUAGUGGACAGUGGAAGGUAUGACACGAAGGAUGAUUUCACAGUGGUUAUGCAGCCAUUUUUGACUAAUAUGGAAAUGCCAAAAACACAGGAGGGGUYUCCAGAUGCUUCAUAUUUUGCCCCAGAUUGUUUCCACUUCAGCCAAAAGGCUCAUUCUCAGGCUGCACGGGCUUUGUGGAACAACAUGCUGGAGCCUGUAGGGGAGAAGACAGACAAUCAGCACAUAGAAGAUGAGAUUGUUCUCAAAUGUCCAUCUGUGGCUGAGCCAUUCCUGAGGACAUAUAAGAACAGUAAUUACACAUACCCUAACCAACCUCCAAAUUAUGGGAGCCAGCUGCUAUGUGAGGACAGGUCUCCAUCCUCCCCCCCGGCAACUUCAGUGCAUUCCCUAAAGCCAGCUGAUGUGAAAAUUGUAGCAGCCCUUGGGGAUUCUUUGACGGCUGGUUCAGGAAUUGCCUCAGACACUCUCCAGGAUGUGAUCACUCAAUACCGGGGAUUGUCUUGGAGUAUUGGAGGAGAUGAGUCAUUGGAGAAUGUGACCACUCUACCUAACAUCUUUCGAGAGUUCAAUGUUACCAUCACGGGCUACUCAACUGGUACCGGGAAUGAGAAUGAUACAAACGCAUUCCUUAACCAGGCAGUUCCUGGAGCACAGGCUGAGCACUUGCCAGCUCAAGCAAGAAAUCUUGUCAGACUUAUGAAAAAUGAUCAGAGGAUUGACUUCAGKGCUGACUGGAAGCUCAUAACGGUGCACAUUGGAGCCAAUGAUCUGUGCAACUAUUGCAAAAACCCUGAUCACUACUCAGCUGGGAAUCACAUCAAAAGGAUUCAAGAAACUCUUGAUAUUCUGCACAAGGAGGUUCCAAAAGCUCUGGUGAGUCUGGUUGAUGUGGUGGACAUCCUUCCUCUGAGACGGCUAUUUGURGACACUCCAGUUCAGUGCCCCACCUACCUGGCAGAUUAUCUGUGUAGCUGUGUUCUCACAGGAGAAGAAAACUCAGAAAAUUUAACAAUGGUGAGGGAAGCCAUCAAAGCUUACCAGCUUGGCAUUCAGAGACUGGUAGAAUCUGGCAGAUAUGACACUCAUGAAAAUUUCACAGUGGUCAUCCAGCCUUUCCUCCAAAAUGUGGGGAUUGCUCUUGAUCAGGAUGGAAAUCCAGAUGUCUCCUACUUUUCGCCUGACUGCUUCCAUCCAAACCAGAAAGGCCAUUCUCAGCUUGCCAGGGCUCUCUGGAAUGCUAUGUUACAGCCUGUAGGCCAGAAAGCUGACUCAUUUGAUUUCUCGGCUGACAUCAUCCUUGGCUGUCCAGCUCAGAACAGUCCAUUCCUGGGAACAUACAAGAAUAGCAACUACACACCUGUGGARCCCACUAGAGAGCCAAUAGAGAAUUGGGGCAGUGAACUGUCGUGUCCUGGACAUACUCCAUCUAGUCGUGUCCCAAAUUCAGUACAUGAGCUACGGCCUGCUGACAUCAAAGUCGUAGGAGCGCUGGGAGAUUCCCUGACUACUGCAGUAGGAGCCAAAGUACCUGACCUACAAACAGACUGGAUGGGACUUUCCUGGAGUAUUGGAGGUGAUGAGACUCUGGAGAUCCAGGCUACUUUACCCAACAUCUUGAAGAAAUUCAAUCCAAACCUCUUUGGCUUCUCCACCGGCAGUUCUAAGGAAACAGCUGGAUUCAACGUUGCAGAGAGAAAUGCCACAGCACGUGAUAUGCCAGCCCAAGCACGUGCACUGGUGGAGCUGAUGAGAAGCAGCUCGAAAAUUAACUUCAAGGAAGACUGGAAGCUGAUCACUGUCCUUGUUGGAGGCAGAGACCUAUGCCAGUACUGCUUGGACAAGGAAACCUAUUCUGUGCAAAAGUAUGUAAAGCACCUUCAGGACACUCUGGAUAUUUUCUAUGAGGAGCUCCCAAGAGUCUUUAUCAACAUGGUGGAGAUGCUAGAGUUCUCUGGACUGCGUCAAAUCACAGCAAGCUCUUCAGAGUGUGCUUUGACAGCAAAGAAAGUUUGCCCGUGUUUCUUAAACCCAGAGGAAAAUUCUCCUGAAUUUCAAGAAAUUAAGAGAGUCAACAGAGACUUUCAGGCUGAAGCCUUGGGGCUGAUCAACAGCGGUCGGUACGAACAGAGGGAGGACUUCGCAGUUGUCAUGCAGCCUUUUUUCCGGAACACCUUGAUGCCCCUGGAUAGUACCAACAAGCCAGAUAUGAGUUUCUUUGCUGCAGACUGCAUUCAUUUCAGUGUAAGAGGCUAUGCUGAGAUGGCCAUGGCUCUCUGGAAUAAUAUGCUGGAGCCAGUUGGUGAAAAGCAGACUUACAACAACUUUACCCAUGACAGAUCAAAACUGAGGUGUCCAAACCCUGAGAAGCCUUUUCUUUUCACACGAAGAAAUAGUGGAUUUGGAGAUUCAGAUCUCAGCUUGGAGAAAACAGAAUCUUCAGUCCCCUACUGGGCUGUCAUUGUGACUGCAGUAGCUGGAGUCCUGGUGGGUUCUUUGCUUGGCUGGGUUGUGUCACGAAGAAAAACCAAGAAGCGCCAACGUAAGACUGACACAGAAAACAGCAUUAAAACAACCCCUCUGUAACACAAGUGGAACAAAGACCUUUCUCUGRAGAGGCUGCUCUCUGAUGCCACACAGAAAGUAGCAGAACAAAAAAYCUGUUGGAUGUGAAUGAAGCUUCUUGGUUGCCCAGGGGUUUUUGAGCCAAAUAACAAUGAUCUGUAAUGUACUGUAGAGCUGUCUUCUGGAGACCAGUCCGGUGGAGGAUGAAGUUCCAAGUAURCUGUGGUUUCACACCAGCUGGCACUAUGUACCACACACCUUCUUACUCAAUCCCCGUCUCUCUCCCUCAAUGGGAUGAGAAGGAGAAUUGGAAASCCAUGSGUUGAGAUAGGAACMGUUUAAUAACUGAAAUAAAGUAAAAUGUAAUAAUAAUAAUUGUAAUGAAAUGGGAAGUAACAAAAAAAGAGAGSAAUAAAACUCAAGAAAAACAARUGUUGUACAAUACAAUUGUUCAUUGCCUGCUGACUGAUACCCAGCCCCUCCUUGAUCAUCAAUCAGCCCCUCCUUGGACUUCUUCCCUCAAUCUAU